AUGAAUAAUUCUAAUCGUGAGUGGAUGUAUGAUAGAAUAUUGGAAGAUGGAUUUAUAAAUCCUAGGUUUAUUGAUGGGGUUGAGGACUUUGUUGCAUUUUCUAAAAGACAUCCACAAUGCAUGGAUGGUGGAAAGUUAAGAUGUCCUUGUAAUCAUCGUAAGUGUCGCAAUAAAAACAUUUUGGAUGAGUUUACAGUCAUGUCACAUCUUGGGACUUUCGGCUUUGUACCGGGUUAUUACUGUUGGUAUCACCAUGGAGAAAGUUAUCCCUAUCCAAGCGUGCUUAAUGGUCAUCUAGGAGAAACUUUGGGUGAAACUAUGAAUUCGCAGUUUGUUCCUAAUGGUCGUUCUAUUUCGAAGAGCAUCACAGAAACAUUCAAGGAACGACAAGACGCUACUGGUUACUCAUGGAAGGAUGUUAGUGAAUCGAUUCGUAAAUUCUAUUGGCAUGAAUUUGUGAAAUUAUAUCAGUGGAACCCUUCUAACACUACCGUAAUCGAACACACCUGGGGUAAAGUGGCAUCCACCUUAUACUCUAAGAAAUUGCACCGUUGGCGAAAACGUCCAAGACCUACUUUUGUUCCAGAAGAUGUAUGGGAAAGCUGGAAGACAUAUUGGGCCUCUGACAAGUGGCUGGAAAAAUCUCGUAUUGCCACUCAAAAUCGACACAGUGAGACUGGUGGUCCAGGCACUGGUCCAAGCAAGCAUACUGGUGGUUCUAAAUCAACAGUGGAGCAUACUAUAAAAUUGGCAAUAGACCUACGUCGUCCUGCAAAUUUAUGGGAUGUCUUUAAGAAGCUGCACAAAAGAAAGGAUGGCAGCUUUGUUGAUCCCAAGUCUAAGAGCAUUAAUGAUGAAAUGGAGGCUAGGGUGGCUGCUGCUAUAAGCUCAUCAGAUGAUUCACAAGAAGUUCAAGAACUCGAUGUAAAUAGCAUAUACUUGGAUGUUGUGGGUGGAGAGAAAAAACGACGUGUGUAUGGAUUGGGCUCUCAAGCUUUGACUAUGUAUAAAGAUUAUAAUUCUGCCACUUCAUGCAAUAUAGUGACUGAUCGUGCUGCUGAUCAAGAGCGCAUCAAAUUACUUGAGGAAGAGAUGUUGCGAAUGAAAGAAAAUCAAGAGAGGAUUCUUCAAGAGCGUGUAGAGGCGGAAGUGCAACAACGCGUAGAGAAGGAGGUCUCGGAUCGGUUUAAGUCUAUGGAGGAUCGAUGGUCUCACAUGAUGAGUGUGAUGGGUUUAUCUUCUCGCUCAUCUGGUAGUCCUACUCUCCCUAACAGGGACUCACCAAAUGCUUAAGUGUGUAACAUUUUAGACUUUGGUUAGUUGGAUAUUCUAAGUGUUGUUUCCAACGUUGUCAGACUUUUGUUAGUUGGAUGCUUUGUAAGUUUAAAAAUUUUGUAGACUUUUGCUUAUUGAAGUGGUGUAUACUGUAAGUUUUUGUAUUAUAAAUUUAAUAUUAUGUUUGUCAUAUUUU